CACCACCGGUCGUAGUAGAUACCUGCUCAACUGAGAACGGUUAGUGCCGACUUUCGGACAUCAUCGCCCGUUAGUUUUCCACAACACUUCAAAAAUGAACGACCAACAAAUCAAGGAAGCGUUCGACCUCGCCCUCGAAUUAACCAAACAGUGUGGACCGAUUGUGCUCGAGGGGUUCCGGAAUUCCACCAAGGACGUUGCCAGUAAGGGCCGGCAUUGGGAUCUGGUCACGGAGUACGAUCGCCGGGUGGAGGAUGUGUUGAUCGAGGGACUGAAGAAGCGGUUUCCCGAUCAUCGGAUGCUCGGGGAGGAGAGUGCCAGUGAAGCCAACAAGAAGGAAGCGCUGGACCAGAGGCCGACGUGGAUCAUUGACCCGAUCGAUGGGACGAUCAAUUUUGUGCGUGGUGUGAAGUUUAUUGCCAUUUCGGUGGCGCUUGUGGUGGAUAGGGAGCUGAAAAUUGGAAUCAUCUACAAUCCGUGCAUGGAUGAGCUGUACACGGCGAUUGCUGGACAGGGGACUUUUCUGAAUGGUGAACGGGUGCACGUCAGUGGCGUUGACAAUUUCAAAGGGGCGCUGAUUGGACAUGAAAUCUCCAUCGCCAGCUAUCCGGCCGCUCGACCACACAUCCUCGGCCGAGGGGAAGAGCUCAUCAAGGAGUGUACCGGUUUGCGUGCGUUCGGCUCUGCAGCCCUUACGCUGGCCUACAUAUCCAGUGGCAACGUGGACGCCUACUGUAUCGAGUAUCUGAAACCGUGGGACAUUGCGGCGGGAGCGAUUCUCAUUAGGGAAGCCGGUGGCGUCGUUAUGAACGUCAACGGAGGCGAGUAUGAUAUUCUGAAGCCGGACAUCAUCGCCGCCAGCAGUGAAAAGCUGGCUCAACGGAUGCUCGAGAUUGUGCGUCAAGUGGAGGAAAGAGUUAACCCGAAGCAAUGAAAAAUAUAAAGUUUGUUAAACA